UUUACUGUCUACUGUUAAAAUUUCAAGCAAAUCGAUGCGUCUUGAUGUAAAUAUGUAAAAAGCGAGCAGUGCCUAUUGUGUGGAGAUGCCUAUUGAUAUUAAUCUUAAACUUCUGUAGAUCGUAGUAUUCGUGCUGAUUCCAUAUGCUUGCACUUCUCCAAAAGAAGGUGCCAUGAUAAACUACGACGUCUGCAGAUGAACUCGAUGUUCAUGUGCCAAGUUUGCAUAUCGAGUAGAUCUUGCAAACACCGCUCUACUUGGGAUGAUGUUGGCCAGCUCGAACGUGGUAGUAUCGAUAAAAGAAAGUCACCUUUCUUCUAUCCUCUAAGCUGUCCAAGUUUCUGGUCGUCCUAUUCUAUAUCCAUCCUUUUCUGUGCCUUGUAUAAGAUUAGUAUCUUUCACGGAGUAUAUAGCUUUUUGAUAUCGGGAAUUCGUGCAGACCAAAUGAUGUUGUUAUUGCCUUUCUCGGCUAGCGGGAUUUGAUUGUAAGCUUUAACCAAGUCGACUUUCCAAUAUAUUUUCUUGUCGUGCAGACUCUGUGACAAGUCGAGAAUAUAUUGAAUAUAUAUCUGGUUGAGUGUUGAGUUGGUGAUAAUCCCCGCACGGGCACCGUCUCCGUCGUUUUUUGUCGCCAUGUGUAGAUAUGCGGCAGAGAUGGUGAUAAUCGCCGUAUGGGCGCCGUCGCCGUCGUUUUUUGUCGCCAUGUGUAGAGGUGCGGCUGAGAUGGUGAUAAUCGCCGUAUGGGCGCCGUCGCCGUCGUUUUUUGUCCCCAUGUGUAGAGGUGCGGCAGAGUUGGUGAUAAUCGCCGCAUGGGCGCCGUCGCUUUUUGUCGCCAUGUGUCCGCCUGGAAAAUUCGUGAGAAUUUUCUGAUAAAGCUUAUCACCAGAGAUAAAUUUUAUGCUUGCUACGUCGUUGCGUCAAUUUUUACGGUUAGUUUCAACGAAAUUACCCACUAAGUUAAAGCACAUAUUGGCAUUGAGUUGACUUUGCUAUUUAAGGUAUUAACUAUCUACUGUUGAAAUUUCAAGCAAAUCCAUGUAUCUUGAUGAAAAUCUGAGGUAAAUACCGUUUUCACUGAACUGGAGCCUCUAAAUAUUCUAGGUCAAAGAUUGACUGGUUUAUAUUGAACGAAACUUGUUCUGGCAGCGUUUUUAAACAGCUUAUUCCAAUCGAGUCAAAUCUAGUAGCAUUCACUAGAAAAAAAAACUUUUUUUCAAUUAGAUACCUACUUGGAAUUUAAAAAUUUUAUUAUUUUAUGCAUCUCAGGUAAGAGAUUUCACUGUCCACUUUAUAUCGCGUUCACUAAACUGGGUCGAUCAUCAUUAAAAACUUGUCUGUGUAAAAUAACACAUUCUCUGAGUUUCUCGCAUCGAACAGAAUCGAGUAACCCGGUACAGUGAAUCACUACCAUGGCUGCUUGCCACUUUAAUUGGUAAACCAAGCCAUAUGUCACCGAUAGUGAGGAAAAAAUACUAAAGUUCCGGAGUCACGAAUACAAUUAUUGUUGUCAAAUUCAUAAGUGAGACGUGUUUGUUCUUCAAUUGUGUCACCUCUAAUAAACAUCCGCUUAGCAAAUACUUGAGAGUAGUUGCAAGAUUUAUUAGUUACAAGAUACAAAUUUUGAAAAAACUUAAUGUAACUUCAACUAUUUAUAAUAGUGAUAAAAUAGUUCAUUUGAGGUGAUGUUAUUUAUAGUUGUUAGUACACGAUUUAUGGAAUUCAUAGUAUAAUGAGGUUUGAGCAAUGAGUACCGCUAUUCCUUCAUCCGUUCGAGGUCGUGAGUCGCAGCUAACAGUAGUUCAUAUGGUGUUGUUACAGUGCAAGCCGUUUGGCAUCUUUUAUUUAAAACAGUUUUAUCAGUGAACGCAAUGUCUUCGCGAGUGAUUUUACUGUUAAUUAUAACAUUUUUUAAGUUAUUGAAAUGUUUGCCAUCGGAAGAAAUCACCACCAGGUAUACAACAGGAACAAAAUAUAACAUAGAGUUAAUUAAAAAGUCAACAACAAACUGUUCGCGAUAUUUAACGGAACCAUUAAAAACCAUUCUAUCAAAUAAUCUCUGUGAGGCAGAUUCUGCUAGAAAAUUGAAAAUAGUUCCCUCUAGAAAAUAUAAUACGUACACAACAAAUAAAAAUAUUACAUUCACACCCCUUAAACUGAGAACUAAAAUUAUCUCGACCACCCCAAAAAGCAUAAAAAUUUUUAGUUCAAAAAUUACUAGUGCAACUAUUAAACCUCAAUUAAGUACAGUAACAAAAUUAAUUAAAAAUCCAAUAAAGAAUGUUACUUUAUCUAAAGUAGCCCUUAUUGAAAAUUCGACCAAAAAAAAAUUAAUUGAACUGAAAAAAAGAAAACCUUCAAAGCAUAAAAUUGUUACAAAAUGGAAAGUCGCUAACGAUUUAAACGACAAUAAAAAAACAUUAUAUAAACAAAACAUCCCUAUUCCUAAUCCCAAUCCGGAAAUAAUAUCUUCAUCUCCUCCAUUUUCUUUAAGCGAUGUAGGACAAAUCUCACCUUUAGUAACAAUACCAAACCUCCAGAAUGAUUUGAAUAUCAUACCAGAGAUAACUUCCCACACGCCACCUUAUUCAUCCUUAACAGGUGUACCGAAUUUAUCAGAAUUCACACCUGUUGAGACAAUAGAACCUAUAACCAAUGCAGGAACUCCAAAUAGACCAUUAACAACCUUCAAACUGGAUAUGCUCCCUUCUGGCAUCGAAGGUGAUAGCGUUAAUUCACCAUGUCCUACAGUUCAUAUUUCCAGUUCAGUUUUACAACCUAAUGAACGUCAAGGUUGUUCGGAUUUGAACUUGGUUAUAAAUUCUCAUGUCAUGCAAAGCUCUGAUAGUAAUAGGCUUUCAGAACCGAUCACUUAUGAUUCUAUACCAGAAACUGAGGAUUCUGUUCCUUUAGCGCAAGCUGUUGAAAGUGAAGCAGUAGAAGCUGUUGAAACACCAGCUGGUCAAUCAGUUAUACCACAAUCUGCAGGCGGUACUGGUGGAACUGGAGGAACUGGUGGCUCUGGAGGAAGUGGUAGUAGUGGUGAUGGAGGGGCUUGGAAAUUUCCCGAUCUCAAGCAUCUUUUCGAAGCUUUAGGAUAUCUUUGGAGAGGGUUAUGCUACGUAUUUGAAUUUUUGAGAAAUCCAUAUCUAUAUUUGAUACCUAUGGCGAUAUUCUUCCUUUUAGGAUUUUUGAAAGUGAUGGUUUUAUUUCCUUGGUGGAUUCCUCUACUCAUAUUAUACGUCAGUGUUAAAAGUGCUACUAAACAAAAGCCCGCUGUAACAUUUUAUAAGCACGUCCAUAAGCCGGUGAAACAUCUUGAUGGUUGGUUCUGGAAUCACCAAACAAAAACUUGGGAAAAUGUCAACGAUUACUCUUAUAAAAGAAGAAAUGAUGUAGUGGGAAGUACUUAUGAUCCUAACGAUAGUCUUACGAAAGACCUGCAAAGAAUUCAUCAGUUAUAUAAUGGUACUACCAGAGUUCAUAAAAGACGAAAAUCUUAAAAACACGUUUAAAAAAAAUACUCAUAAUUAUAUGAUAAAUAUGUUAUGCUAGUCAUUUGUUUAAGAAAGCAAUUGUCGUAUUAAACUAGCUCUCUAAGUUGGUAGCUUAGAAAUCCCAAAGUACAUGUCGAAUGUGUGAAAUGAUACGUAUAGCUAAAUAUUGCUUUUAUAUCAAAGUGAGAAAAAUAGACUUUCCCGAAUAAUCUGAUCUAGUUCAUUUAUAAAUAGAGGAAGAAUUUACGUAACCAGUUCAGAAAAUACUGUAGACGAGUAGACAAAAUUGUAAGGCGAGGCGCAGGCAAGUCCUAGAGUCUACGAGUCCGAUAAAACAGUUUCCGAUUGUAUGAAGUAGAUUAUUUUCUUAGCAACCGUGUACAUUGGUUAUUAACAAUUAUAUGAAGUACAUUUCUUCAUGUUAUUUAUUUAUAACACAAUUAGAAACAUUUAAUGUAUGGGGGUAUCAUAAACACUGCGAUCCACUGUGUUUCUCUGUUUCUUGUUAAGAUAAUGUGGAACCCAAUGUUUACAGCCGAUCUGUUGAUACUAAUUCUUUCAAAAAGUUCAGAAAAUACUGUAGACGGCUAGAAGUUUCUAAGGCGAAGCGCAGGCGAGUCCUAGAAGUCCCAGCACAUUUAUUCUGGUUAUAGUUUCACAGAAGAGUCGUUGUUUCAGCCCCUGUUAGUUGUCUCAAUAAUUGGUUUUGCUCAUAUCUACCUUCUUUUCCAAUUCUUUUUGUAUUGUUUUAUAGUUGAUACCACAGAAACGUUCAGGUUCCAUGAAGGAUUUGUCUGCCCUCGGUUUAGAAAGCUUAUCAGUUAUUUCAUUUCCCUUUACUCCAUUUAUACGAAUUUCGUGCAUUAGAUCAAAAAAAUUUAUACAAAAAUAUUCACAUUGGCGUGAAUG